AUGGCCUCCCUCAGCGAGUUCUACCUGACGACCCUAUGGUCCUACAAGCCCGAGACUGUGAAGCGAAUGAUCGAAGAAAUGAGUUGUAUGGGAUUUGACGGGGCCGAGUUCACGUACGACAGUGAAUACGAUUGGUUCAAAGUCACCUGUCCCUCGAGCCAGGAAGAUGCUAUCCGGAUGAGUUUCGAUGUUGUCGCCCGGGAUUUUGAGGAAAAAGCAUUUGAUGGGUACGAAGAUGACAUGCUAGACUACAACGAUAUCUUGAAGGACCGUUUUGACAACGAAUGGUUCAGCCAGAAUCAAGAAGCUGACUCACAUGACGGAAUUGCCGAACCGAACGAGGCAGACAUUCACCCCGGCGCACUUGUUGGGAGUCCUAUUACUGAUGUCUGGGAUGACUUGGACAAGAACAACGAGCCCUACACGGUCGAGGAAAUACUUCAAGAGAAGGACCAGGUUCUGUUGGAGAAGGAAUUGGGCGUGAGGCUGGAGCCGUGGUUGAAAGGCAAGUUAGUACGACUCGAGGGGCCUACCAGGGAGUCCAUCGACACAGCUUUCGAACGACUCAGAGGGUUGUUAAUAUUCAGAAAACGUCUUCCCCGCUUGGUCCACAUCAGCCAUGUUGUCUACGCAGAAAAUCACGCUAAGGAAGAUGCACCCGGAUUUACGGCCGACAUUCGGUACUUGGCUAACAUCGACCCUAAACUGGCCUCAUCGACUCUUGUUGACCAUACGUUGGUUGAACAGCUGGACGAAACGUACAAAAUGAUCUAUCGACAAGGUUGUUCCAUACGCGUUUGCCUUUGGGCCCCGAGCCGGAACUGUUAUGUCUCCAUGUUCGGCCCAAAGGUCGAUGUUCGCCUGAGGGACAGAACGAUACUACGCAGGCCUCCAACCAUGACCUUCAGGGUUGCUGAGCGUGUUGAAUUCGUGGGCGAAGAGGCAAUUGCAGCGGCGAAUAUGGUGAAUGAGUGGAUAGAUCGCAUUGCUCCCGCGGCCCACGAUGAGCCAAACCCUGUGACAGAGACUCGGCCAGUCGCUGGGGAGCGAGAAAUUGGAGGGAGGGGAGACCUGCUCGACUUCGCGAACGGUGGGCAGGCGUCGUGUCUCGGAACGCCUGACACGACAAUAUCAGGAAGCCUCUCGAAAAGACCCAAACCCAUCGAUUCAGCGGCGGACCCAAUUCAGGCUCCCAGACAGAACCUCGCAGCCCUCGGCAUAAAACAGGAUAUAACAGCCCUAAACAUGCCGACGGGAUCUCGGGAUCUCGAACUUCCUUUUACCGGGGACGACUGUCUUGUUGACAUGUUUGCUGCGGUACAGACAAGUGCCGUGGGAAGCCCAGUGGAGAAAGUUAAAUGGGGAAUGUCUCCAUUGAUUCCGUCCCCGGCGGAAACUCCGCGAAGCGGUUCAGCCGCCCCUGACAGACAAGCUCCAGGCCGAAGGGGCAAUCCUACACAGACCCUAGACCGGGAACCGCCGGCGCCUCGGAGUGACUUUCGGCACCCCCAGAGCGGAGCAACGGAGCGACCAACCGGCUCGGUCAAAACCACCUCUUCGGCAACCGGGCAGACCACCAAGUCCGUUGAUGCUGGUGAUAGUGUCAACCUGCGCCGGCCUUCCCCCAUGCAACAUCAACACAGGGCCGUAGCUACCAAGUCCGAAGAUGAAAGACCCGGCCAAAUGUUCGUAACCGAGGAGUUCGUGGAUGAACUUGAAGGGGCGUUGACCAGACACUUGAGCAUUGGACCUUACAGGCGAGGAAACGUUACGUUCCGGGCGGAGUUUGGUCGUAUAAUUCUUGAGGAAAUCGACCCAUCUGGCCUUGCUUUCAAUUGCGCGGAAACGGCCAGCCACGGAUGGACCAAGGCAGAAUUACUGAGUAACUUGAACAACGAUCUCCGAGAGAACAAGAACAUUCUUUUCACUAAAGUAUUGUCGACAUAUGCUUACGACAUUGAAGACAUGAUCAACACGAAGGUCGACGGGAACCGGCUUUGGGAGGAUAAGCCGAAGCACGUUCGGGCAGUGUACUCGUUUCAUUGCAGCCUGCGGUCUGAGAAGGAGCUAUCUCCGUUCAUCAUCGACAUUGAGGACAAUGACUCAGGAGGCGGGUUUACUUAUACGGCCCGAACUGCCUACGACGCUCCAGGUGCAGUCAAGCAGGUACCCGUCUACAUCCAUUCAAUCUGUCGCCAUUGGGACCUACGAGUUGUGACGUCCCAUAUCCAGACGGAUGAUGUGGAUGCUAUGUACGGAGCCUUUGCCAAGUAUUUAAUAAACUCACUAAGCAUCCAGACGACGACUAAGGGCGGUACGGAGAUUAUGUUUGCAGUGCCGGUAAACCUCCCGGUUGAAGUCAAACAAGUCCGGGUCCUCACCAAAUGGCGUCGGCAUAGCCUUGACGGCAGAUCCGCACUGGAAGUCACCGAAGUGCUGGAACUAGCUACUGCGCCAUACUCUGAGGGGCCAUACUCUGGGGCGGCUUAUAACACGUACGAAGCAAUGCGUUCUCACCCCUGGGUGGGCAAAACCAAUAAGAAAAACCGGGACGAAGGCAAACCUGCGCGGUGGUAUGAGGUUGCGGUGGUCUCGCUCGAGCUAGAGGCUCUCUGCAAGCAAAACACCCGCCUAGGCGUAGGCGAGAAGGCCAAAUGGGACGCCAAAGAUCUCGGGGAUACUGGAGUGUUGUCUUCUUUGUACGGCCCGGCCUUGCAUAUGGUGCGACAAAUGGAUCAUGUUGGGAGGCUGGACAACAACCAUCUCUCGGGGGCUUACGGCAGGUUGCUGCUCCAAAGCAACAAGGCCGUUACCCAGGUGCCAGGUGCAAUGCCGGCCUAG